CUAUCUGGCCGUACACGUGGCAGAAUUAGGGUUCUAGCUAUGGCCAUGCAUUCUCUCGCUUCUCCGCGCUCGAUCUUCAACGCCGCCACUCCGGCGCCGAGGCAGCGGAGCUGCGCGCCGGCUGUGCGAUGCAUCGCCACAGCGAGCGCGUCCAGGAGCUACAAGAUUACUGUUCUUCCGGGCGAUGGGAUCGGGCCGGAGAUUAUGAGCGUAGCGCUGGAUGUGAUGCGAUCCAUCGGGUCACAGGAAGGUAUCAGCUUCCAUUUUACCACGAAGCUCGUUGGAGGCGCUGCGAUCGACGCUGCUGGAACACCGCUCCCGGAAGAAACUCUUGUGGCGUGCAAGGAUUCGGAUGCAGUGCUCCUUGCGGCUAUAGGCGGGUAUAAAUGGGAUAACAACGAGCCACAUUUGAGGCCCGAGCGUGGACUUCUGGGACUCCGUGCUGGUCUCGGAGUUUUUGCCAAUCUUCGGCCAGCUACUGUGUUCUCACAGUUGGUCGAAAGCUCCACUUUAAAACGCGAAGUAGCGGAGGGAGUGGAUGUCAUGGUUGUUCGAGAACUAACUGGCGGGAUCUAUUUUGGUGAGCCUAAAGGAUUCGGCACCAACAAAAAUGGCGAUAGAACUGGCUUUAAUACGGAAGUGUAUUCGGCAACCGAGAUUGAUCGCAUAGCUCGCGUUGGUUUUGAGACUGCCCGUAAGAGAACUGGGAAGCUCUGCUCGGUCGACAAGGCUAACGUGCUGGAGGCGUCACAAUUUUGGCGAGAGCGUGUCAUAGAGAUCGCGAAGGAGUAUCCCGAUGUGGAGCUCUCUCACAUGUACGUCGACAAUGCUGCAAUGCAGCUUAUUAGAAACCCGAAGCAGUUCGAUACGAUUGUGACAAACAACAUAUUUGGUGACAUUCUUUCUGAUGAAGCGUCUAUGCUAACGGGUAGUAUAGGCAUGCUUCCAUCAGCCAGCAUUGGCCAAUCGGGGCCGGGUCUCUUUGAGCCAGUUCAUGGAUCAGCUCCAGAUAUUGCUGGCCAGAACAAGGCCAAUCCUUUAGCGCAAAUUCUCAGCGUUGCCAUGCUUCUCAAGUACGGCCUGGGCGAGAAAAAGGCCGCGGAACGCAUUGAAGCAGCAGUCUUAGCAACACUGGACAGGGGGUUCCGAACGGGGGACAUCGUGUCCGAGGGAAAGACACUCGUCGGAUGCAAGCAAAUGGGGGAGGAAGUUAUGCGGGCACUGCAAGCGCCUGUAGCCGCCGGGCUAUAGCCAAGAGUUCCAAAUUUUGAGAGACUGGUAGCUAUGAUUCAGGUUUUGAUUCUCAGGCAGGUAUGAUAAAACUCAAACUUCGUACUUAUUUUUGUUAUGGAUGAUCCACAAACAAGACAGCGAAAAGAAUAUCGAAGUGCUCACGCGGAGUAGUCGAUAUCGAUGACUCCUGCGAUUCUUCCGAAUGCCUUCUGGGUAUCAAAAGCUCCUGGACAGCAGCCAUUACCAAUACAUUUGGUGGAGUAGAAGUGUCCACAUGCGGCUUUAAUGUUAUAGAUCCCUGGCGAUGCCGCUGCAAACAUAAAAUCUGAUGGAAGAUCGCCGUUCUCGUAGCAGGCCUAUUGCGAGACGAAAGAGAGAGGUCAUCAUCCUACUGCUGCGCUAAGAAUUCCCAGGCUUGGCUCGAGGACUGCCAUGAACACUACGGUGGCAAUGGCAAGAGCAGCGAAGGCUUUGGCAGUAGAAGCCAUCAUGGAGGAAAUGCAAAUGCGACAUGGAACUUGUCGAGAAACGCGUGCGUACGCAUUGCGUAUUUAUACUCGACCAAGAAGCGCUAGACUACAGUAAAAAUUCUCUUUCCAAAGAGACCGCAAUGGUGCCAUUUUUUU